GUGAUCGCACUAGUGAUAAAAAGUUCCUUCAACUCCUGGUAAUGCACGCACUCUUGGAUGCUCUUUCUUUCUUAGUUUCUAUUCUAUCCCUUCCUCGUCAAUUCAUUCACCUAUGUUCUGAAAUCUGAAUUCCUCAACAUGGCAAGACGGAGCCACACGACGGAGCUAGGCUGUAUCGCGUGCGACGAGCUUGGCGAUUUGGGUGCGGGCAAGGAGGGUUGGCUCGUCGACAACCCCGACAUUCUGUGCGCUUUUGACGCCCACUCACUAGCCAUCGGCAACCGAUCCAUUGUUCUCAUCGUCGGGUGGGACGGUGGCGGUGAUCCGGCAACUUCUCCGUCGAAGAUCCGGCCCAAUCUGGCCUCGAUCGAGGACGAGUCUAUCACUGCCCUAGAAUGGCUCGUGUACGACGAUGUUCGCGUUCUUGCCGUCGGGACUUCUCGCGGGUAUUUGAUGGUUUACUCGGUCGGAGGUGAUUUGAUUCACGAACAGAUGGUAUAUCCGGGGCGCAUAUUAAAGAUACGAGUCCGUGGAACAAAGAGAGAUUUGAUACAAGAUGCAUCUACAGAAGAGGUCUGCAUUGUUAUACCUGGUGUAAUUGCACGAUUUGAUGGCUAUGAUAUUCAGAAUAUGCUGCAACAGUGGUUUCAAGAAACACAUUCUUGGGAUCAGAAAUCAAGGAAGAGAAAUCUGGAGGAUUUUAGAAGACUACCUUACCAAAUAUGGAAUGUUGGCAAGUAUGGGCCAUGUGCUGAUGCAGCAAUCACAGGCGUAAUGCCUCCUCCUCUGAUGGAACUUGAGUCGAGUCAACGUUACUAUUGUGCUGUCACCAUAGGACAUGAUGCCGUGAUUUCAGCAUUUAGACUCUCAGAAGACAGAAAUAGGUCUCUAGUUGGAGCUUUACUGUCAAAGGUUGUCCCUGUGACAUUUUCAACGAUAGCCUCUUUCUCUAAAAUGAUUUGGCGGAGUGAACAAACACCAUCUAAAAAGUCAGAAGUGAAGCCUCAACCAUUUGCUCGAGCUUCUCCUUUGACAUGUUUGAAGGACCAGCCAAGAAAGGGUGAAAAGAUGACCUUAUCACCUAGUGGUACAUUGGCCGCUGUAACAGACUCACUUGGUCGUAUAUUGCUCCUAGACACUCAGGCACUUGUGGUGGUGAGGCUAUGGAAGGGAUAUCGUGAUGCGAGCUGCCUUUUUAUAGAGAUGCUAGUUAAUAAAGAUGCUGCAUCAAGUUCAGCUUAUCGUGAACCUGUGAAGAGUGAUUAUUGCCUGUGCCUAGCUAUUCAUGCACCUCGAAAAGGAAUUAUUGAGGUCUGGCAGAUGAGAACAGGACCUCGGCUUCUGGCUAUACAGUGCCCGAAAGGUAGCAAAAUUUUGCAAGCUUCGCACAGGCUUGGAUCAACCUCUGCAUCCCCUUCCCAUGCUCCAUUGAAAGUAUUCCUGUUGAAUGGAGACUCUGGUCAAAUAUCUGUUCUCAAUGGAUUGCUCAAUUAGCAUUCUUUGUAUUUGAUGAUGCCCCAUUAGAAAGGAAAAAAAAUUGUUUUGUGCACUCAAUAUGUAAAUGCCCAUUCCUUUUUUCUCAACA